GAUUACACACGAAGCGCAACACUGGGAUAAAGCAGCCGCAGAGAUGCGCCCUCAGUGAGCCAUUGGCGCCAUCUAGCGGGUGAAUGUUAAAGUUCCGCUUGCGCCGAAUGAACCUGCGCUUUAACGUGCUCGUCUUCGCCGGCUGCUUUUUCCCGCUGGUUUGCCCGCGGAGAAGUGUUGCCCGCACUUCUUCUUCGGUAAACAUGGCGACAAUUAAAGAACGAGCAGCGGCGCUGAACCUCGCCGAGAAGUUGUGUGUGCGUCCUCCAGCGCAUGGAGCCGCCAGCAGACCCGUGCAGUCCUCCUCCGCGUGGAGCGGCCUCAUCUCCCACCUCAGGUCCUCCGUGACGGUGAAGCGUCGUCGAGUCAACCUCAAGUGUCACGGCGACUGUUUCCUCGGCUCGGAGGCCGUCGACGCGUUGCAGGAGCACAUCAGCUGUUCCAAAGUCUUUGAGGGGGCCAUCGUGUCGCGGGCCAAAGUGGUGUGCGUGUGCCAGGCCCUGUUGGACUGCAAUGUGUUUGAGGCGGUGGGCACCAGAGUGUUUGGAAAAGUCAAGAAGCAGGACGUGUUUCAGGACAGCCGGAGUGCUCUUUACAGGUUUGCAGGGGUGUGUUCCCCUUCGGUGGAUGACUUGGAAAGAGGUGUGCUCGUCAAUGGGAUCCAGAAGCUGUUCUGCGGUGACCUUUCACACAGUCAGGCAGAGCAGAUGUGUCCCACCGGGUCCAAUGUUCAGAUGUCCACUUCCGUCCUACCACCUGAGGUGUCCACAAAAGCCAACAAGCUGUCACAAGAGCCUCUGUGGGAUGGCCGGAGCCCCGGCAGGGCGCAGGCAGGCCCUGUUUUGCAGCAAUCGUUGGUGGACCAGGUGUGGCUGGAGCAGACUCUGCUCCGGCUGUUGAACCUGGUGGAGCUCCCCGUGCUGGAAGGGGUGCUUCAGUGCAGCCAGGCUCCAUCACCUCCUGCUGCCUCCAACCUCCUGGCUCACAGUAACCCGGACCUGAUCUACAGCAGCAACCACCUGGACCGGCAGAUCCUGAAAGUCUUCAGGGACUCUCAGGAGGACGAGUGGCUCAUUGCAGCUCUGGACUGUCUGGACUUCCUGCCUGAUCAGCCAGUGGUAGAACUGAGCAGGGAGCUGCCUGACGGUUUGCCGCCAGAGGAGGACGGCUGUGACCAAGCGCCAGCUGGUAGCGGUUCACAAGAUGGAGUGCAGCCUCUGAGGUCCAUGUCCACUCAAGUCCACCACAGAUACGAGUGGCCUCGUCUCUCCUCGAGCGAGCUGGCCCAGUGCAAGCGGCAGCUGUACGGGACCCUGGUGAAACACUACGGCCAGACAGGCAGACCUCCACUGCUGCCCCAGCACAUGGCCGACGUCUACACAGCCAUCACCGACCUGCUGGUGAACGCUAAACUGUCCACGGCUCUCGAAGCGUUGCAGUUGUGCCUGAAGCUGCUUCCUCCGGCCUGCAGAGAUGAGCUGUGCACGCUGCUCACAUUCAUGGCUCUGGCAGCCGACCCGCAGGGGAUGAAACUGGAUAAGGAGAUGGACAACAGACAGGCGGUGAAGAGGUCUUUCUCUAAGGCAGUCCUCCACACGAGGGUUCUUUCAAAGGAGAAGGAAGACCUGAUGGUGGUUUUCUUGCUCAGCAACAUAAAGGACAUCUUUAAGAUACCAGGAACCCUGCACAAAGGAGUGAGCGAAAAGCUGGCCAGCCUGGCACAGGGGAAGCAGCCCGAUGUAACCGGCCUCACAUUCUGUCAGCCGGUCUCCUGCGGGGCUUACAACGAGUCUACGAAGAAGACCACCAAUGAGGAGCUGUGGACUCUUCUGGGCGGCAUCCAUCAGAACCCAAAGAUCUCUGCCAAGGAACGAAAGCGCCUACUCAGACAGUUCUAUCAAGCACACCCAGAGAUAUUUAACCAGUACUUUGGUGAAAACGCUGUUAGUGUGCUGUAGUCCUCUGGGGUUUUUGUGUAGUUGUUUACGGUCUUAAGCCGUACGAUUCACAACUAGAUUGUGUUGAAUGAUUACUUGACUGUAAAAUACCUUCAGCAUGGGAUUGCACAUUAUGUGUACUUGUUUGCCUUAUUGUCAAAAUAAAUGAACUGUGG